AUGGAUGAUCACGACACGCAGUCGAUCGGCUCCAACGCCGGCUCCAACGCCAUGGAACGGUCCGACUCGUCGGCGUCCACGUCUCCGUCGGAGACCAACGAGCCCAUCAUCCACCACCCCGUGCCGACGCGACCGCGCCUGCCCAGCCGCAAAAGCAGCGGCCCUCUCGUCGUACCGCGCGACUCCUCCGCCGUCGGCCCCGUCGAGCCCCAUUUCGGACCCGACGACGUCCGCGCCAUGAGCCCGCGGCGGACCAGCGAGGACAUUGACAAGAUGGGCAAGGAGGCCAGGGAAGAGCUGCGAAGACACGCCAAGGCGUUGCAGGAUUCGCUCCUCACCAUAUUCAACCGUAUCGAGGCGGUGCGCGAAGAGCACGACAAGUUGGAUAGCAACAACAAAUUUCUGCAAAAGUACAUUGGUGACCUAAUGAGCACGACCAAGAUUACGGCCUCGGGCAGCCGCGGCAAGAAAUGA